AUGAUUAGAGGAAUAAGAUUGAAUAUAGGAGGAUUGGUACGACAUUAUGCUAUACCUAAGAAGAAUAAAUUACCACCACGACCAACUUGGCUCAUAAAUGAGGAGGAUAUAGAAGAAAAGUUCAUCAAAGGAGGUAGUGGACCUGGAGGGCAAAAGAUUAAUAAGACUAAUAGUAAAGUUCAAUUGAAACAUAUUCCUACAGGUAUAGUUGUAACCAAUCAACUGAGUAGGUCACAAGAAACUAAUAGGAAGCGUGCCAGGGAGAUUUUGGCAGAGAAAAUCCAAUUUUUACAAGAUCCAGAAAAUUCAAGAUUAGCUGUGGUAACCGAUAGGAAAGUUAAAGUGAAACAAAGUAAACUGAAAAAAGCCGCUAGGAAGUAUAAGAAACUAGCAGAAGAAAAAGAGGAACCGGAUUCGAACUUCGAAGAGACCGUUGAUAUUGAAGGUGAUUUCUUCACCAAAUAG